ACUAAAAUUUUGCAAAUAAAAUAAACACAAAAAGGGAGAAAAGACUUCUUUGCUUUAGGACUGAUGUGAGGCAUGUACGAAGUCUACAACUUCAUCUACAAGAAUGCUAAAAAAAAUCCAUAAAGCCUUCUUCUUCUGCUGCUGCUGCGAUCCAGGACCCCCACUCAUGCUAACAGCAGCAGCAGCAGCAGGCUGCACUCAGCGCCCACGCAGGACGCCUCGGAGGGAAGACAGAGAACUCAGAAGGGAGCCCUCAUAACAACAGCACAUCACAGGGAGUCCAGAUGAAGAAAGAAGACGAAAUGAUCAUGAAUCUGAAAAUGUCUGAACCAAUCAUCAAGUCGAAGAAGGCACAGAAGGAAAUCAAUGGGAUUCCAACCGAAGUUGUCUGCACAGAGUUCAGUAAUUACAUAUUUGUAGUUCUAACUCAGUUUGGCAAAAUUGGCACGCUGGUUUCCGUCACACCUGACUCCAGAUCCAACGACAUCAGCACCCCGACCUUCUCCACCAAAGUACUGCUGGGCAAAGACGAGCCACUGACGCACGUCUGUGCCAAGAAUCUGGCCAUGUUCAUAUCACAGGAAGCUGGGAACAGGUCGGUCUUACUGGGUUUGGCCUUGAAGGACUCAUCCAUCGAGACAAUAAAGCAAAUGAAAGAAGUCAUCAAAAGCUGUCAAGUAUGGUAGCAGACAGAGUUUUGGGGAAAUGCUCUAGUACAAAUUUAAAUCUUUGCGGUUGCUAUUUCAUUUUUUUUUUGUCAUAUUUUUGUGUGAAUGCAUUAUUCUGUUUUAUUUUUCUUUUAACAUUGCUUGUUUCAUGCAGAAAAUUUCAAAAUAAAAUUUCACCAAAACACUGUAAAGAGGCCUCAACAAACAAACUUGUAUUAUUCUUUUUUUAUUAUUAUCUUUUACAGCUCAGAAACAGAAGCACUAAUUCUAGUCAGCACUUCCUACGAGUCGCAGUGGAGCCGUGCAUUGUUUGCCCGUGUGUUUUUUUAUCGCAACUCCUUUGUCA